UUCGAAGAAGCUAAAUCUCUUGUAGCGAUGGCGUUGGCGAUGGCAGAGGCUGCAGCUGCUACGGCUCUCGGAGUUUCCGCUAUCGGAGCCAGUCUCAAAUUCAACAGUGUCUCGACUUCUUCCUCUGCUCAAUUUACUACUUCUCAGGCCUCUGUUGGAUGGUUAACUCUUCCAUUGAAAUCGAGUCUUAUAGCUAGCAAUCUUCGGGACUUCGAAACUGUUGUCAAGACGCCAGCAUCAAUACUGAUUUCACCAGCGAGGGCAGUGUCUACACGCAUGAGUGAAUUGGAAGAGGGAGGCGCUAUGUGGGAAGAUGAUGGGAUACCAGAAUCAGAAAGGAAACUUCAUGUUUCCACUCAACUUCAACAAUUAGACAAUCCUUUCGAUCCAUAUGGUGCCCUUAGUACACCUUUAUAUCAAACCGCCACUUUUAAACAGCCAUCAGCCACCGAAGGUGGACCAUAUGACUACACUCGAAGUGGUAAUCCGACACGAGAUGCUCUUGAAAGAACUUUAGCGAAAUUGGAAGGUGCAGAUCGAGCAUUUUGCUUUUCGACAGGAAUGGCAGCUCUAGCCACUGUCAUGCGGCUCGCUGAAGCAGGUCAAGAAAUUGUUGCUGGUGACGAUAUUUAUGGUGGGUCGGACCGACUCCUCUCCCAAGUAGCUCCCAAGUCUGGUUUGAUAGUCAAUGAACGGCUUCGAGUGUUCUUCCACAGGCGAAUAGACACUGGCAAUUUGGAUGAAGUUAGGGCAGCAGUCGGACCCAAAACUAAAAUCGUGUGGCUUGAGAGCCCCACGAAUCCACGGCAAAUGAUAUCCGAUAUCCGGGAGAUAGCUAAAAUUGCGCACGAGUAUAGUGCACUGGUGAUUGUUGACAACAGCAUAAUGUCACCUGUUCUUUCCAGACCUCUGGAUCUGGGUGCUGACAUAGUGAUGCACUCCGCCACGAAGUUUAUCGCCGGACACAGCGAUGUAAUGGCUGGAGUUCUAGCUGUCAAGGGAGAGAGUCUGGCGAAAGAGAUUUACUUUUUACAAAAUGCGGAAGGGACGGGUCUAUCUCCGUUCGAUUGUUGGCUGUGCCUACGUGGAAUAAAGACGAUGGCUCUUCGAGUCGAGAAACAACAGGCCAAUGCGCAGAGAAUUGCUGAGUUUCUAGUGGAUCAUCCACUUGUCACUCGCGUGAACUAUGCAGGCCUUCCCAAGCACACUGGCCGUGAUCUUCAUUACUCGCAGUGUAAAGGGGCUGGGUCCGUUUUCAGCUUCAAUACUGGCUCUUUGGCGAUAUCGAAGCAUGUGGUUGAACAAACCAAGCUAUUUAGCAUCACCGUCAGUUUUGGAAGUGUGAAGUCUUUGAUAAGCCUGCCAUGCUUCAUGUCACACGCAAGCAUUCCUGCAGGUGUCCGGGAGGCGCGUGGUCUGACCGAAGACCUCAUACGCAUUUCGAUUGGUAUCGAAGACGUGGAUGAUUUGGUUGCAGAUCUUGAGCAGGCGCUAACGACAGCUCCCAAGUGAAAUGUAUUAGAACGAUCUGGCAGAGAACUGAGACUCGUCAAUAUGUUACAUAAUGAAAUGACAUAGUCAAGACUGAGGUUGAGAAGAGUUUUAGUUGUCGCGUAGCUGGAUCCUUAGUAGAGUAGCAUACCUUUCAAUGUGCACCAUUUUUUUGUGAUGAACCAGCUAUUCCCAUUUUCGUUUUGGACAUUACAAAGCGUUUUAUUCGUGCAA